GCUCUCCGCGCGCACUGCUUUAAUCAGACCGGUGCAGCCUCGAGCUGGAGUGGCCAGCUGGGCCUGGAGCAAUGCGAGCGGGCCCCAGGGAACGGCGGCGGCGGCGCGGCGGCCGAGUGAAGGAGCCCCGGCCGGGAAGUGUGGACGCGUUUCUCCCGAGGCCCGGCCGCCUCGCCCGCUCUAGUCCAGCGGAGCCGGAGCGCCUCGGACCAAUCCCCGGUGAUUAUGCAAGACAGCGGACCAAUCAGCUCCGUCAGCUCAUGAAUAUUUAUGACCUUGGCUGAGUCAAAGCUUUGAAGCGAGUUUGGGGAGCUCGGCAGCAUCAUGCUUAGACUUUUCAAAGAGACAAACUCCAUUUUCUUAUGAAUGGAAAGUGAAAACCCCUGUUCCGCUUAAAUUGGGUUCCUUCCUGUCCUGAGAAACACAGAGACCCCCAAAAGGGAAGCAGAGGAGAGAGAGAGACCCACACCCAGACCCCGCGAGAAGAGAUGACCAUGACCACCAUGCCAGAAAGUCUCAACAGCCCCGUGUCGGGCAAGGCGGUGUUUAUGGAGUUUGGGCCACCCAACCAGCAAAUGUCUCCUUCUCCCAUGUCCCACGGGCACUACUCCAUGCACUGUUUACAUUCGGCGGGCCAUUCGCAGCCCGACGGCGCUUACAGCUCGGCCUCGUCUUUCUCCCGACCGCUGGGCUACCCCUACGUCAACUCGGUCAGCAGCCACGCGUCCAGCCCCUACAUCAGUUCGGUGCAGUCCUACCCGGGCAGCGCCAGCCUCGCCCAGAGCCGCCUGGAGGACCCAGGGGCUGACUCCGAGAAGAGCACGGUGGUGGAAGGCGGUGAAGUGCGCUUCAAUGGCAAGGGGAAAAAGAUCCGCAAACCCAGGACGAUUUAUUCCAGUUUGCAGUUGCAGGCUUUGAACCGGAGGUUCCAGCAAACUCAGUACCUAGCUCUGCCCGAGAGGGCGGAGCUCGCGGCCUCCUUGGGACUCACGCAGACGCAGGUCAAGAUCUGGUUCCAGAACAAGCGUUCCAAGUUCAAGAAACUGAUGAAGCAGGGCGGGGCGGCUCUGGAGGGUAGCGCACUGGCCAACGGCCGGGCGCUGUCUGCGGCCUCCCCGCCAGUGCCGCCGGGCUGGAACCCCAACACCUCAUCCGGGAAGGGCUCGGGCGGCAGCGCGGGCUCCUACAUCCCCAGCUAUACGUCGUGGUACCCCUCGGCGCACCAAGAAGCUAUGCAGCAACCCCAACUCAUGUGAGGUUGCCCGCCCGCACCCUCCCGCCUCCUUCCCGUCUCCCCCCGGCCCGGGCCCCUCCCGCCUCCCGGUCCAUCCACCCUGUCCGCAAGCCCUGGACCCGGAGAAGGACCCGGGGGGGAAAGAAGAAGGAACAGCGAAGGCAGGACGCCCGCCAACUCCUUGGAGUCCCGCGCGGUCUGGACCGGCGACUUCCCGGCGCCCGCGCGCUCGCCCUCGCCCCGGCCUGGGCCGCGCGGCGACAGCAGACAGCGGCCUCGGAGCGCGGGCACAACUGCCCGAGACAGCCAGAGCGGCAAGACGAGCCAGCUGGACCCGACCUGCCGACCCUCAGCUGUGUGGGACUAUCAGGAAAAACAAAAACAAUGUAGAAAAAGCAAAAGCUCUUUUCUGUUCUGUCCGUCUCUUGUCUCCUUUCGCUGUGUAUCUGUGCGCUGACGAAGUCGAGGUCCUCGUCCGUCCACUGUCCUCAAUCUGCGGCCUCUGAAAAAAGUCACCAGGUCGGAAGAGGCACGGGCCGCCGGGUCCCAGCUCCGCAUGCUGGGACGUUUUGCCCUUUCGGACCUUCUCCUGGGCCUGCCUCACCAUCUGUGUAGUUCGUUCGGGAACUGGGGGGAAACUGGAGGGAGGGGUUCUUAUUUAUUGAGAAAUGGACUUCGCCUGAGGGUGAAUGUUGGCCAAUUCGCAGUUCUGUGGGGCGCGAGGAGCGCACGGUCCGAAAGCACCGAUUACUUUAAACGCACCCGGAAAAACGAAUAAGGAGGACCUGGUGAUUUUUAACUUCUACAGUAACUUUUGUACUUCGCUGGUAUGGAGAGGUUGGAACCUAAUGCUUUGCAUUUUUACAUGUUCCGUAUUAUUUUUAAAAGAAAAAAAAAAGAGAAAUGAAGCAACACAAUUUUCUCAUCUCGGGAAAAACACUUUGGUCGCUUUGCCUGGACAAGAAGGAAAAUCCUAAUUCCCUCCUUGGGAAGCAAGGGAGAGGACCGAUGGGCAGUGAAGAAAAAACAGGCAGGCAGAAAGGAGUGCCCUAGAGCCAGCGAGCUUUAAAGUAAGACAAAAGCAGCACUAAGCCCCAGAGGCUCAACCACAGAAUAAUGCCAGGCAGCACCCUGGACGCCUAGUCUCCAGUGCAGGAUCUAAUCGCUGUACAUAUUAUUAUUGUUGUUAAUUAUUAUUGUUAUUAUUGUUCUGUAAACAUGUUGCACAAGCUUAGCUUUUUUCCGUUCUGUUGUGUGUGGCCGUAAAACCCGAUGCUUUGUGAAAUGAGAAUCUUGACAUUUUACUUGUGAAAUUUGGAAAAUGUGAUCAGUUGAAAUCAACCGUGUUUUGUGUUCUCUAUGUCAAAGUUUAGUUUUAUAUUGAGAAUGUUAACUUAUUGAUUUGUAUCUUGAAAAAAAAGAACUUUGUAAAUAAGUUAUAAAGUUUCUCUGAGACAGUAAAAUUAUGGUUUCGAGAAAGAA